GAAUAUCAUCUAAAAUCUUUAAGUAGAUUUUUUAAGUAUAAAAUCUUCUACUUACAAGAAUAUAAUUUUUUUGGUGCAUGAUAUUGCAAAGUUACGUGCGCACUUUGAUCGGUCUUUGUGACGAUCGUAGCAUCAGGUCAUAACGGAAAUGCUGACAUUUAGUCAUUUUCAUAAGCUGUAUUGUCAAAAGCAUGUUAAUAUUUGUUUUACAGAAACCAAUGCCAAACGAGUUUGUUGCGAAAACUGCGUGAUAUUUGAUAAGACGUUAUAUAUUAUAAGAGACAAAAACGAUAAAAUUACUUAACGGAUUGCCAUUAUUGAUGUUUCAGAAUGGACUGGCUUCAUGAAAGUAUCAAAUUGUUGUUUGUGAUUAUGCUAUCCUACAUCUUGUAUUCACGUUUAUGAUUGCACAAUAGGUAAAUUAGAUUAUAAAUCAAGGAAUUGAGUGUUUUUUAUUUUUUGAGAUAAGUGAAUUUUAUUUGAUAAAAGUGAAUGUUUAAAUUAGUUUGUAAUACUAGACAAAUUGUAAGAAUCACGUAAAUUUGUAAGUAUAAAACUUCAAAAUAGGUUUUGACGGUUAAAACAAUACGUGAAUGACACGAUACAUCAAGUGUAUACUGAACAGAACGUUUCACUAAUUUGUACUUUUUUAGUUAAACACAUACGAGUAUAACUUAACAUAUUUGUAUAUCUAUAUUACGAAAUAUUUUUAAAUCAAUGUUAUACUUGUUGUUUAUACAAAUGUCAGAAAAGCAUCUCUAAAUACUAUUACAGUUCUAACACAUUAGAAUGAAAAGAAACAACUAUCGAUUAUUAUCACUUCAACUACUGUAUUUUCAACAUAAAACAUUUACAUGAAUAAAUAUUCUAUUCACGUAGGUAUUAAUUUCUCAUCUAGAGAAAUCUUUUUUAAUACUUUUUUUAUUGCGUGACCGUGAUAAUAUUUCUCAAUAGCAAUGGUUGAUUGUGUGAACGGCAUCAAUGACAAACUUCUAAACGUGGAAAUGUAAGCAGACAAAUAUACGAAAGACUUAUGUAUUUAAGUGUAUAUGGUAUUCUGUUCUUUAAAAGAAAAUCUUUCUUUUUCGAUUUUAGAUAAUUGUUCUAUAAUUUUGAUGGCACAACGAAAUUGCAACUUGCUUAUCUCUCAAAGUUUUUUACUUGUAGUUGAACCCGAUUGUAGGAAAACGUUUUGUGUAAUCGUUUAUUCGUGCGCGAUUUUCAAGAAACUAUGUUUCUGCGCGUUUACCGGUAUCACGCUAUUAUACAUCAAAAUUCUGAAUAUUGAAUAUAUUAUAAGUUUAAAUCACACACUCACACACACAUGCACAUAAAUCAAUAUUAAACACAAUAUGGAAAUGUAAACUAGACUGCUGUUCGAACUUUUAGAAUAUUGCAUAUCAUGAAAAAAAGUCUUCAUCAUUUCCUCAAAACGACCUCAUCAUUUCCUAUAAAUAAGCCAACUAUUCAGUUAGACUCAUUUACGUACAAAAACUUUGACAGAAAAGAACGUGCUUAGGUUUGAUCACAUCAACAUUUGUGAGUUGCUGACUAUCUACCUAUUUGAAACUUCUCAGUAUCUAUCACAUACUACUUUAUAAACGUUUGAAAUAUUUUAGUCAGGAUGAGUGAAUACGCUAAUACAUCUAUACCCACCUUUUACUCUCAUCGAAGUGUGUUCAUCACUGGUGGCACAGGUUUCCUGGGAAAAGCGCUAUGUGAAAAAUUACUGAGAAGUUGUCCAAAUAUUAAGGAAAUAUUUUUACUGAUUCGACCAAAAAAAGGACAAACCAUCAACGACAGGUUAAAGAAAAUGUUACAAAACAAGCUUUUUGAUUUAUUACGGCGCGAACGGCCAAACAGUUUUGAGAAGAUUAUUCCAAUAAGCGGAAACGUGAGUAGGGAGGAUUUAGGAUUAUUGCCAGAGGACAGGAAAAUNUUAAGUGAAAAAGUGUCGAUAAUAUUCCACGUAGCGGCUUCUGUCCGCUUNGACNANAGUCUGAAAGAUGCGAUUUUUACAAACUUACGGUCGACGCGUGACAUUUGUAUUUUGGCCCAAACUAUGAAAAAUAUAGUGGCUCUAGUUUACGUAAGCUCGGCCUUCUCACAGUGUGAUAACCCCGUCGUAGACGAGAUUUUUUAUCCUUUGGAAGACGUAGACUGGAAAAAAACGAUCCAUACUGCUGAGAAAAUUGACAACGAAAUUUUAAAAAUUUUUACCGCGAAAUAUAUACAUCCCAUGCCCAAUACGUACGUCUUUACAAAGCGACUAGCAGAAAAUGUUAUAAACGAUUUUUCUGAAUCGUUGCCUUGCGUUAUUAUUAGACCUUCAAUUGUAGUACCUUCAAUUAGCGAUCCAAUACCAGGCUGGCUAGAUAAUUUUAAUGGCCCAAUGGGCUUACUAAUCGGUGGUGGGACCGGUCUUUUGCGCGUAGCUUAUAUAGACUCUUCUGUAGUACCAGAUUGGGUAUCAAUCGAUAUUGUAACAAAAGCAACCGUAAUCACUGGUUGGAGACGGGGAAUGAGAAACAUCACUGAGGAUACGAGCAUUCAUAUUUACAACUGCUGUACCAAAGACAUAGUGAACUUGAGUUUACGCAAAUUAUUACGCGUAGGUAUUCGUUUUGCUUAUGAUAUUCCUUUAGAGAGAAUUAUUUGGAAACCGAAUACGAUUGUGAUAAACAAUUAUUCUUUAUAUUACAUACUNGUAUUGAUACUACAUAUUUUGCCGUCAGUUCUAAUAGAUACUAUUCUGAGAAUAGUCCAUGUACGUCCGAUGUUAGUAAACCUGCAAAGAAAAAUAUUCGUAUCAUUUUGCGCGUUGUGUUUUUUUUUAACAAACUCAUGGCAUUUCAAAAACUCAAAAUUUAGAAGAUUGUUCGAGGAAAUAAAUGCUGAUGACAAAAUAAUAUUUGGAUACACAGACUUGUUGGAUCUUAAUAUCGAAGAAUAUUUUAGAAAUGGCAUUAUUGACUGUAAACUCUACUUGCUUAAUGAAAACAUGAGUCGCUUGGAUCAAGCGAGACGUCAUCGUAAAAGGAACGUUUUACAUACUUUCGCGAAGGUAUGUGCUUUAGUUGCUCGCUUGUGACGUUGUUAUAAAAAACUUAGGUCAUACUGUGGAAACGCUAUGGCAUUCAAUAAUUCUCAUGAGGUGUACCGCCAGCUUUUAGAAGCUUGUUUAUUGUAGGGUCUUACAAGAAGAAACAAUUUUAUUUCCGAUAGUGUAUCGCGAGUCGAAAGUUAGCGUCUACAUUGAACCUCAAUUCCUUUUUUUUUAUGUAGGAGUAAGAGAGAAAGUAGAUGCUACUUUGACGC